AGCCCCAGGAGGAGGAGGAGGAGGAGGAGGAGCCCCAGUAAGCCAGCCAAGCCUCUUUCUCUCUCUUUUGCUGCUGCUGCCAAGCUUGAGGCUGGUGGGGAGCAGGCUUGGACCCAGGCGACCAGGGCCAGAGGAGCCGGGCUUUGUCUCCUUCUCAAAGGCGAGCCUUUCCCCUCCUCUUUGCACCAGACAAGCCACGCUGCCUGCAGGGCUGAGCAAGGGAGCUUUGUGGACCUUGCCCAAGAUUAACAUUCAAGAUGUCCUUUGGGAGAGAUAUGGAGCUGGAACACUUUGAUGAGCGUGAUAAAGCACAGCGGUACAGCCGUGGGUCACGGGUGAAUGGCCUGCCUAGCCCAACCCAUAGUGCUCAUUGCAGCUUCUACCGAACCCGCACCCUACAGACCCUCAGUUCUGAGAAGAAAGCUAAGAAAGUCCGCUUCUAUCGCAAUGGUGACCGGUAUUUCAAAGGGAUUGUGUAUGCCAUAUCUCCUGAUCGGUUUAGGUCUUUCGAGGCCCUGCUGGCUGAUCUGACCCGAACUCUCUCUGAUAAUGUCAAUCUGCCCCAGGGUGUGAGAACAAUCUACACAAUUGAUGGAGCAAAAAAGAUUACCACCUUAGACCAACUAGUGGAAGGAGAGAGCUACGUGUGUGGUUCAAUCGAGCCUUUCAAGAAACUGGAGUACACGAAGAAUGUAAAUCCUAAUUGGUCUGUGAAUGUUAAAACCACUUCGGCAUCCCGCACAGUGGCCUCUCUUGGCGCGGCCAAAGGAAGCCCUUCAGAAUCAAAGGAGAACAAAGAUUUCAUUCGGCCUAAACUGGUCACAAUCAUUAGGAGUGGUGUGAAGCCACGUAAAGCAGUCCGGAUCCUGCUCAACAAGAAGACAGCACAUUCGUUUGAACAGGUUCUCACUGAUAUUACUGAUGCGAUCAAACUGGAUUCAGGAGUAGUUAAACGCCUGUACACACUGGAUGGGAAACAGGUGAUGUGCCUUCAGGAUUUUUUUGGUGAAGAUGACAUAUUUAUUGCAUGUGGCCCGGAAAAGUUUCGUUACCAGGAUGACUUCUUGCUAGAUGAAAGUGCUAAAAACUGCUUGAAAAUGCAGCAGCAUAUGGCAGCAGGCCAAGUUCAAAUGCAAAACGAAUCAAUAGAUCCAAAUAUAAUCCUUCUGGAGAUUAGGAAAUUCCAUGAAGAAAUGCGACAGGAAAUGAAGGAGCUGAUAAUGGAGAUGAGGCUAGAUUGGAAGAAGGAAGGUGAGAAGCUUGAAUUGCAGGUCUUGCAGAAACCUGGAACAUGGGAAAAGGACUGGAAGAGGAAAGGAUGUGGAGCCACUAUCACAGUGAGGGACAAUCUUUUUGCUGAGCCACUUCAUGAUUCAUCUGGCUGCUCAGUAGCAGGACAGGAUCUGUGUCGUCUCAUGCUGUUUCCUGUCAUGCUGGGCAACUUCCCAGGCUCUCAGUGUAGUUUUAUCCAUACUCUGCUAAACCACAAAGCAUCCAGAUCUUCACAUGCCCGGUCAUCAUCAGCGGUGCCUCUGUUAUCUGAAUCAGCAAUUGCAGAAUUGUCUCAAUCCAUUGCCGAGUUGAUUGCAAAAGCCACAUCACCCAGCCACCUGCAUUCUCAGGUACUUGCUUCACCUCCAACAAAUGCCAGUUCUUCUUCAGCUCCAACAUCCAACCAACCAACUCCAUCGGCUCAUGACAUGAAUCAAGCAGCAGUGCAGCCUUCGUUAGUCUUGUCGUCCUCCAGCGACUCAUCGUCGUCCUCUGGUUCAGAUGAUGAUGCAAUCCGCUUCCCAUUUCUGCUAGUGCCUGGCUAUAGUACAAAGGCAAGCAUUUUCCUGCUUGGCAUUAUCACAUUAAAAACUAAGUGUGUGUCCAUGUUAGAACUCAUAGAAGUCAAUGGAACUCCUGGUAGCCAGCUUUCUACUCCCCGCUCUGGGAAGUCUCCAAGCCCUUCUCCCACCAGUCCAGGAAGCCUGCGGAAGCAGAGGAGCUCUCAGCACAGUGGUUCCUCUACCUCACUAGCAUCUACCAAAGUCUGCAGCUCCAUGGAUGAAAAUGAUGGACCUGGUGAAGAAGUGUUAGAGGAAGGCUUCCAGGUUCCAGCCUCUAUAGCAGAGAGAUAUAAAGUUGGUCGGACUAUAGGAGAUGGAAAUUUUGCCAUUGUAAAGGAGUGUAUUGAAAGGUCAACUGGUAGAGAAUAUGCCCUGAAAAUCAUCAAAAAAAGUAAAUGUAGAGGAAAAGAGCAUAUGAUCCAGAAUGAAGUUUCUAUUUUAAGAAGGGUCAAGCAUCCCAAUAUUGUGCUUCUGAUUGAAGAGAUGGAUAUGCCCACUGAAUUGUAUCUUGUCAUGGAGCUUGUAAAGGGGGGAGACCUUUUUGAUGCCAUUACCUCCACAAACAAAUAUACAGAGCGGGAUGCCAGUGGAAUGCUUUACAAUCUGGCCAGUGCCAUCAAAUAUCUUCAUAGCUUAAACAUUGUUCACCGGGAUAUCAAGCCUGAGAAUCUACUGGUUUAUGAACACCAAGAUGGGAGCAAGUCUUUGAAGCUGGGAGAUUUUGGAUUGGCCACCAUAGUUGAUGGACCCCUUUACACUGUCUGUGGGACUCCUACAUAUGUAGCUCCAGAAAUCAUUGCAGAAACUGGAUAUGGCCUGAAGGUGGACAUCUGGGCGGCUGGUGUGAUUACUUAUAUCCUGCUGUGUGGUUUUCCUCCAUUUCGUGGAAGUGGAGAAGACCAGGAAGUCCUUUUCGAUCAGAUUUUGAUGGGACAAGUAGACUUUCCAUCUCCAUAUUGGGAUAAUGUUUCUGACUCUGCAAAGGAGCUUAUUACUAUGAUGCUUCAGGUAGAUAUAGAACAGCGAUUUUCAGCUUUGCAAGUCCUUGAACACCCAUGGGUUAACGAUGAUGGCCUUCCAGAGAAUGAGCAUCAGUUGUCAGUAGCUGGGAAGAUAAAAAAGCAUUUCAACACAGGCCCCAAGCCCAACAGCACAGCCGCUGGAGUUUCUGUUAUAGCAACCACCGCUCUUGAUAAGGAGAGGCAGGUUUUCCGACGAAGACGCAACCCGGAUGUGAGGGAACGUUACAAGGCACAGCAAGCACCUCCUGAACUCAACUCCGAAUCGGAAGACUAUUCACCAAGUUCAUCUGAGACUGUUCGCUCACCUAAUUCACCCUUUUAAUAAACCACUUCUGCUGAAGGUCUUGGCUUAACCCUUUGAGAUUCUGAAAAAAAGUCCUCCAAACCCAUGUGCAACUGUUUCAUUUGAUUUUUGUCUAUAUCAGUUGCUUGACGAAGGAAACAGAAAAAAGGGUGUUUACAGUAUCUUUGUAAUAAUAAUUUCCUAAAUGACUGAAAUGAUCUUGUUCUCUGUCUAGAUUGUGACUUGCUGCUAAUAUGAUCCUCAAAGGGUUAAGACUAUUUUGCUUUUUUAAAAAAUAUAUAUACAUAUACAUAUAUAUAUAUAUAUAUAAUUUUCAAAAGGGGAUAGAAGCAAUGAAUGUUUUCAUCAUUUGAGCUAGGAGCUACUGUGUGUGGCUUAAGCAUAUGUUAACCCUCUGAGUGCAUAAAUUUAAAUUACCUUGAAACCUGGAACUUUAUCAUCAACACUUAUUUUCCUACAGCUCUUUAUUUGGUCAUCUGACCAAAGUGGUAAAUAAUUACAGGAGAUGGGCAUAUAUAUAUAUAUAUAUAUAUAUAUAUAUAUAUGGUUGUUUGCUUUUAUGCAUGGGUACAAAAAGUCACCCAAUAGCAAGUGAUACUUUUUUAAAUGGGCGUAGUAAUAAGUUACCUGCAUUAUUACUGGUAGCUGCUGGUGUCUCCUAUGUCAGUGAGGCCAUGAAUCCACCCUGGGGUUUAGUUAGAACUUUAAUGGCUAUCCGAGGUACUGAACAAGUUUGGGGGAUAAGGUUCAGCAUCCCGGAGAGAAUCGUUUAUUAAAACCCAGGAGAUUAUCAGAUGAGGGACGGGACAGGGACAGGAGCAAAACAGAUCACAAUCCUGUCCUUAUCACAAUUGCUCGAAAGGAUAUCAUACAUGUCGUGUUUAUCUGGUGAUUAUCCUGUAAGUGAAGUGGAAUUGUCCUGUCACUAGUAUUAACGGAUUAUUCAGUUAAUGAAAAAUGAAGGGAAAUGAUGGAACAAUUCCACCUCAUUGAUGGAACAAUGACAGGAUCAGCAUGAUGUUGUCAGAAAGUAUUUCAUGAGAUUGCAUCAAUUGCACUUCAGUGUUAGGAUAAUAACUGGAUAAGUGCAAUGUCAUAUGAAAGUUCUUCGCACAAUCAUGCAAUAAGGAUGGGAAAAGGACGUACUUUUCCCUGUGUGAUAAUCUCCUCAGAGGAGAACCAUUGCCCCAGUGACAUGGAAGCUACCAGGCACUUCUUGUAGAGCUCACAAAGCUGGUUUGACCUCCAAGCUGGUUCUUAGGAAAAUCUUGCUGGCUCUUAAAUAUUUUUGAAUAACCUGCAACCUCCUCUUACGCUAUUACAUCUAGGGAGUCUAAUAAUUUCUAAGCUCAUAAACUACCAUUUUAAAAUGGUAGUUGAGUUUUCCCCCCACUGGCAGUAGAACUGCCUAAGAACAAGAUUCUGAGAGUGGUGUAGCAACUCAGCAUUUCCGCCUGCAGUUCUCUGGUUGCAAAGCUAUUUUUUGGGAGUCUGUUUGAAAAAGUACUCAACUUCUGUAGCAUAUAGAAUUUUACUUUCUACUUAUUUAUGUGUUUUGGGUUGUUGUUGUUUUUUUACCUGCACAGAGGAUACAUUGGAAGACUACAUAUGGGAGGCAGCAAUAAAUAUAAUCAAUUUUUAAGUACCAUGGAUUCUUUCUUCAGAGAAUACUCUUGCGUUGCUCUUAUGAUGAGGAAUUCUAUUCACAGUGAGUGCAACAAAAUGCUUUCAGAAGGAAAUCAUUAUAUUACAGAAACUGUACUUUAAGAAAGAAGAUUUCCCAACAUCAAUAAAGUGUGAUUUAAAAAUCAUGGAAUAAAUCCAGCAUUAGUCCUACAUAGAGGACUAGAAGCAUCAGUUUUCAGUAGGUCUAUUCUAAGGAGAACUAAUGUGAAAUUUAUUCCUAAAUGAAUAGUGCUUUUUCCCCUAAUACAGCAUUCCCCAAUCUGGUGGCCCAGGUGUGUUGAAUUACAAUACGGUGCACCAGAUGCUGGCUGCGGAUGAUGACCCAUACUUCUUGGAUACACCAGAGUUAGAGAAAGCUGGCUUUGUGUGCUUGUAUGAAUACUGUUUCCCAGAGUUUAAUGUGAAAGUUUAAUGCAUAUGAAAGAUAGCAUGUAGGAUAAAAAUUCCAAAACUUUGUGUUAAUUGGCAUUUUGAAAAUAUAAUUAAAUGAAAGCCUUCGUCUUCACAUAAUUAAAUGACAUUUAACUUUUUGAAAAUUUUGACUCCAAAUGUAAUGAUGCUUGUAAAAACUGUAUCUUUUCAGUCACUCCAACUGGGCUUUUUAUUCUUGUAAAACUUCCUUUUUAGAUAUAAUUCUGAAUAAAGGAUGUUGAAAACCAUUUGAUCCUGCAGACAUUGGUGGAGUGCAAUUCCCAUCAGCCCUAGCCAGCUUAGCCAAUGAUGAGGGAUUAUGGGAGCUGCAGUCCAACAAUAUCUCUACUUUAGCAGAAAUGUUAGAUAUUGAAAUGAAAUCUCACAUUCAGGUUUUAGAAGUGUUGCCUUGAUAUUUGAGAGGCAAAAUAACUAAUGGGGGAGGAGGGCAUUCUCAAAAGGCUGCAAUCCUGUUCUCAUUGGGGCUGUUUAUAGUUAGUGGCAAUUGUGCAGCCAAAACUCUGGCAAAGACUUGAGCCAAGAAAGUGCAAGACACUUGAUUAUAUCAUAAUAUCAAAUACAUUGGAGCCAUUUCUGCCAAAUUGCUUGCCAGUUUCAUCACAGGCAUUCAUCUCAAAAGUGAGUUAUACAUAAGCUGAGUGCAAAGUUAGUUCAUUUGAGAUAGAGCACAGUGUGUAAGCACUAGAGUAGUUCUUACACACUCCUCCAUUACAUGAUCUUUUAUGAAAAAGCAGUGCUUUUGAGAAUCAGUGCCAGUACAAGUCAGCGACUGCACUGAAAAGAUGUGCAGGACCUAUCCACAUGGCUAUGUGCAAGUCUACUUAUCAACUUUUAGGCAUGUGGGAGAAGGGAAGCAGUGAGCCUGAGGCUUAUUUCCCCUACUCGGUGUAUCAAUGUGUAGUCAGACUCAUAGAGCUUAUAGAGCUGGCCAAGCAUCAAAAUCACAUUGAUAAUUUUAAUAAUGCAAGAAUUUAUUGCACAAUAGUAUGGUUCAACUGUUUCAAACCUAAUUCUUACAACAAUUAUUGACUGCUAAGUAUUUUAUGUGUGUGUGUGUGUGUUGCUUCUCUAUGAACUUCAUAAACAAAAAUCUGAAGGUGCAUCUAGCAUCAGCAAAUUAUGAAAUUUCCCUUAAGCAGUUUUGCUUAUUCAUCAUUGGAGCUGUUUGUAUAUAGUUACUGUUUUAAAGACCAGUCCCCAGUUUCACAUGUGAUAUGAUCUGUAUGCAAGAGCAUGUGAGAAAUCAGAGUAAAAUAGGUAAUAAAAAGGUUGAAGGUGCUUGUCUGAUGCACUGGCAAACAAUUGGUCCAAUAAAAUAAUUCAUAAUUCCACAAAUAUAUACAUUUUUGUCCAUUUCUUUUUGGUUUGCAACUGUCUCCCUACUUUGUCCUUAAGAACUGAUGGUCUAUAUUUCUCCUGACUCUGAUCUGUUUUUAUGUGUUUUGUAUUGAGACAUCGGCAUACACUUUUAUUUUUAUUAUUCAACCAAGGCAAAAUCAUAGUUUAAUCUAGACCGGUGAGAACGAAAACAGGAAAAGGAAGCUUCUUAGAUUACAGCAUCAUGGGUAGGGAUGAGAACUGAAAGUAAUGGUUUCGAUAUCCCAAAUCUUUUAGGCCCUGAGAAUUUGUCAACUAUUUUUGUUUCCACACUCACUGGUAGUUUGCUUAAAAUGCAUAUGCAGCCAGGGGGCAUCACAAGGUCAGUGAGAAUAGCAAACAUGGAGUUGCUUCACAACCAGCUGACAAGCUUUGAAUCAUUUUUAUGAAUAUGUUCUGUGUUAGGGUGUCGGGGGAAAAAAUGUAGUUUCAAAACCCUAAAUGACAGAUGAACCCUAAUGGCUCUGAACAGGAUCUUUUCCUGUUGCAGAAGGACAGUUAUUGUUUGGAUUUUUAUUGAAGUUUUUCUUUGAGGACAUAAUCACACACAUAUUAUUUACACAUUGCAAGAUAUAAUUUGUAAUAUAUUUUUAAGGCAGCAAACUCUGGUUGUUAGUGGGCUAAAUCCAAUUGCUAAUUCCAACUGGAGUAGGUUUAUUGAAAUAACAGGAUUUUGGUAACACAUAAGUGUUGAUUUAUCGUUCAGCAGCUGAUGAAAUGGGGAAAAUCUAGUUGGAACUAACAAUUGGAUCUAGCCUACUAUGUUCAAUCAGUGGGUCUAAUGUUAAUUGGUGAAGGCAAAUUCUUAUUGAUGGGUCUACAAAUUAAAUGCAGAUCUCUUUAUAUUAGAAACUGUUUUGGCUGAAGUAUGUUUGUGUAACAGGAAAGUGAAAACCAAAUAUUAAAGAUGUCGCUUUCUUCUAAUUACUGGUGGCUUUGUUAAAGUGAAUGUUAUCUUACAGUAUCUUGGAAAUAGACCCAUAUGUUUUACAAAAUGCAAAUUUAUGUAAAAAUAGGUAAUUAAAAGAUUAUUAAUCAACUAGAUAUUUUUAAUUAGUUGACCUAUGCUACUUGGAAUACAAAGGAAUCUACCCAUCAGUAUUUUAUCACUGCCAAAUAUUCCUAUAGAAUGGUCAAUAAGGUUUAGGAAAUCCAUUAUAACUUGAAUCACUGGUCCUUUGAAACAAAUUAGACUUUGUACACAUUGAUGACUGAAAGAAACAUUGAUUUAUGGCCAAAGGGUGUAGCCUGCAGGGCUGUGUGAGUGUUGUUAUGACAAGUCACAUAAUAUUCUUCCUGCUAUAAUAAAUGCAAUCCUGUGACGUAAAGUGCCAUUAAUAACAUUCCUUCCUUGACUUUCCGUAGAGAAAUUGGCACUUUGAAAGCAAAGACUUUCAUUCAUCUUAAUUAAGGAAUAUGAGCUGUGAGAAAAUAACGCCUAAACAUGCUUUAUAUUAUGGCUGUGCAGCAUCAUGUGAAAUCUGUGUGAAGUCUUCCCACCACUUCCUUUUUUAUUUUUUUGUGAAAGUAGGAAUAACAUUUUUAAAAUGAUAUUGGAAUCUCUUUCUUUCUUGCUCCGUAUUAUACCAUUUACAGACAAAAAUUCCAUCAACAUCAUGUUUCCUGCUAAUCCCAUUCAAGAGUUUGAUAGCUGGCUUAUGUUUUAUUGGCAUUAACUGUAUGAACUCUUUGAGAAGACACUUAUGGCUUUUAAUUUUCAAAAUCCUUAAAUGGGAUGGUUCUCAUCCUCUCACAAACCAUGAUUGUAAUGAUGAUCAUGACAAUAGAUUUGUAAAUGAAGAUACUCUGUGGAGAUGCAAUUGCAAAUGAACAUGCGCUCCUCCUUCUUCUUUCCACUCCAUCCACUUACACCCUACCUUUCCCCCAAAAUAGGAACUGAAGAUAUUUCAAAAAAAUUAAAACAAAUAAACAUACCAAAAGAUAUCAUAUUGAAAGUUGGUUGAACAGUAUACUUAAAUAAUGGUUGCAUUUUGUUAGACAAAUUCAUACUGCACUUGAUCUUAGCCAAGGAUACUUACCUGGCAGAGAGAUACCGUGAUAAUGAGAAAUGCAUAAAAUUCCAUUUUAACUGAAACAUUUUUGCAACAUUAUAGAACAAGGAUCAGUUGACCAGAGUUGUAGACUUUUUAUUGGGCAAAUGCAGUAAAACUACAGUAUUAACAUUGCAUAGGGUUUCCUUUCUUAAGUCCUUUUUACAUACAGUAUAUACAUUUUCUACAUCAUUACUGAAAUGUCAAGUGAUUACUGUCAUGUGUGAAAGCAUCAUUACAGAGCAAACUUCAGAGGGAGGUUUCAUUUAACAUCAAAGAUAGUGGACAUUGUAGUAAGUCAGAAUCCUGUAGGACUCAGCUUUAUCAGGAAUGAUGCAGCAUGCUUGUAGAUACACUGCUUGACUACUCCCAUCUAAACAUGGUUUGUUUAUUGUGAUGUCUGAACCUGGCAUUAUGAUGUAUCUGUAACAAACCAGAGCAAUAAGCUUAAGACUGAUUUGUUAUGGAGGGCCGAAGCAAGACUGCUGACUUCAAAUGUUGCAAUAAGCAAACCAUGGAUAGAAGACUUUGUGAUUUAUUUUGCUGCUAUACCUUAUAGUAGAAGUGAUCACAUAGCUUAUACUAGCAUGCUGUAUCAUUCAUUGGCAUCUAAUACAGUCAAUAGAUUGAAUCUAGAUGUACUCAUAUGUAGGGUAGACCCACUGAAAUAAAUGAGAUUUUAGUUAUCACAGUCAGAAUCCAACUGAAUGCAUUUCAAUAGAGACUAUGUAUGUCAGCUAUUGUUCAAGUGUCACGUGAACGAGUGAUAUGUGCACAUGUCUGAAGCAGCACUGCCAUACUCAUGCUGAAUGAAACUUGAAGGAAAAUAUCUGAAUUGAAUACAUGCCAUUUUGCACUCAUUGCAAUAUUUCAUAGUCACUUAACCUCCAAAGUAAAUCAGUGUUACUUACAUUGAGAACUAUAAACUGCCCAUUACAUUCUGAUUCAUUCUAAAUACAGGAAUCUGAAUAAAACAGAAUAUUAUUGAUACCAGCAAUCUAUUUACAGAAUAUUAAUUUGCCAAUGCUUACCUACAAAAAACAUUUUGAUUACUUGUACUCAGAGGGUUAACACAAAAGCACAAGGCAUGCAGAUUACAUUUGGUGUAUUCAAACUGCUUUGCUGUUUUAGCCAGUGUGGUACGUUUUCUCUCUCUCUCUCUCUCUCUCUCUCUCUCUCUCUCUUUCUCUUUUUGUUCAGAACAUUCCUGGAAACUUUCAAGUUCAAAAUAACUUAAGUCAUGAUGUUUGAAGAUUUCUAUAACCACUUUUAUUUUAUUUUCUAUUUUUUGCAAAUAUUAUGCGUCAUUAAGGCAGUGUAAGUCUAUAGUUAUACAUUUGAUUAUUACUGCAAGUGAUUCCAGAUACCAUUUUUUUAAAAAGUACUUAAACACAGAGUUUACUAAGGUGGCAUAGGUUAUCUUAGCCCAAUCCUUUGCAGGUUUACACUUUUCUCGCAAGUAAAUAGGCACAGGAUUGCAGUUCAAUAUUGUCUUUUCCUAUGGAUAAACCUACAAUAUGUUUCCUUUUGAGAGAAUCUUGAAAAUCAGUUUUAAGGCUGGAUAGGACUACUAGUUAGGGGGAAGCUAUAUCAUUAUAUGCAUUGUGUCAAUCAUCCUUGUAGAUGAGACCUGUUCAAACUUCAUAUUUAAGGAACCUUUUCCUUCCUUGCCAUUGUAGCAGAAACUUGUUAAUGAUCAACCAAUACAUAGAUUUGCUUCAGACUGUUAGAGGGGAAAGUAAGACUUCAGUCAUUGACAAUGUUACUACUCUGCAAGUAGCCCUCAUCUAAUUUCAAUGUGGUGCAUAAUACAACAUGCAAAGCCAAAUCUGUCAAUAAAACUAUUGGAAAAAAAGAUAGUGGUUUUGUAUUCAGUGAACAUAGGGGGAUUAGCACAAAGGCAUCCAAAAGACCCUUGAGAUAUAGGCAGCACUUCAG